UCAAGGUUGAUUGCCUAAUCGGUCUUUGGCUGUGUCGCAUCUCGCGGACAGUGUACCUUUGCCUUUCGGCGAGUGCGCGCGCAAACACCUUCGCGUAUUGGAAGUUGCGAAAGAGUUCCGCAAUAGUUGUUGGGCUGUUCCGAUAUCCGCUCCCAAAACAAGAUGGCGUCUGUGGCGACUCUUGUCCAGCCGUCAGGUGAAAUGUGGAAGCAAAUUCGGGUGGAACUGAAUGAGGACGUUAACACGAGAGACAAAGACGUCGCCAUAAUCAAGGAGUGGCUGAGGAAGCAACCUCACCUACCUGAUGAUUGGGACAGUGACCGCAUCCUGACUUUCCUGCGGGGCUGCAACUUCUCCUUGGAGAGGUGCAAGAAGAAGCUUGACAUGUACUUCACCAUGAGAGCCGCUUGCCCUGAGUUCUUCAGCAACAGAGACAUCACCAGACCCGAGCUCAAAGAGCUUAUGAAUCGCGGGCAAGGACCCCCACUACCUGGCCUUACUCCGAACGGUCGCAGAGUCGUCGUAAUUAGAGGCUUAGAUAAGGACCUCGACACACACCAUCUGUACGACGGCUUCAAGGUUGCCAUGAUGAUCGGAGACAUCAGACUCAGGGAAGAAAUUGAAGGUGUAGCUGGAGACGUGUACAUUCUGGACGCUUCAAUCGUGUCCACGGGACAUCUGGCGAAGUUGUCGCUAACGGCGGUGAAGAAGUUCCUUAUAUGCGUACAGGAAGCGUAUCCCGUGAAACUAAAAGAAGUCCAUGUAGUUAAUGCUGGUUCCAUUAUUGAAGCCGUCUUGAACAUGAUCAAGCCAUUCCUCAAGGAGAAGAUCAGAAACCGAAUAUUCGUUCAUAGCGAAUUAAAUUCCUUGUACAAAUACGUGCCCCAGGAUAUGCUUCCAGAAGAGUAUGGCGGUUACAUUGGAUCGCUAGACGAAAUCAACAAGGCGUGGUACGAGAAACUUGUGGAGUAUGGGCCCUGGUUUAAGGCCCAGGAAUCCGUAAAGGCCAACGAAGCACUGAGGCCAGGCAAACCGACGAACUACGAUGAACUGUUCGGCAUCGAAGGCUCUUUCAGACAACUGUCAAUAGAUUAAAUUUCUCAACAAUAUAAUCUUAUUUAUACAUAUUAUAUGUCAAGUAAUUGAGGUUUAUAAAUUUACAUAAGCUUUUUUUAUGCAAAAUAGGCAAUGCUUUUGACCACAAUCUCACCUGAUGGAAAGCGAUGAUGAGGCCUAGGAUGGUACAGGCCUGCCUAGAAGAAAAAUAAGUAUGAGAAAUUGUAACUUACACUUUGAAGUUUGGCUCGUACUAAAAUAAAUUAAAUAAAGCAGAAACGUUGGGAAAAAAAAGUAAUGAUGGACUUAAUUAGUAAAUGAGACUCUACUCAUUAGUCGUCAAAUUAGAACUUAUAAAUCGGUUAUUAUUAUAAUAAAAGAUUUAGGGUUCAUUUCGGGUGUGAUUAUAGUGUUCGCUUAAGAUUAGCGUUUACCUGAUGUAAGAAGCAUAUGACAACAUCCUUGAAGGUGUUUGAAAACUAAUAUCAAUGUUAAACCCUUCCAAUUCAGAGUAGAUUUUAGAUAUUAACAAACUAGAUUUUGGAUAUUAACAGGGAUUUACAAAAUGACGAAAUAUAACGCAUUGUUUGUAUGGAGACACCGAUUAUAUUUACUACUGUUAUUUUUUGUAAUAGCAGCCACGGUUAAAGCCCUGUAAUAAACAGUGGUCUUAGUAUAGUUCUGUUUGCUACCAACCCUACAAAGUUAAUAAUAAUAUAAGUAACCACUAUAUUACUAUUAAAUAACUUUAACUGCUCCGCUAAAUGCCUUACACUUAUACCCCACCCUUAUAGGAAUAUUUUGUUAGUAAACUGUAUUUUUAAUAAACGAUGAGUAUCAAUUAUUUUAUUGUUCUAAACUUUCAUGGUCACUAACAUUAUAGCUAUUAACGGGAUUGUUACCAUGUACCUGGUUUUUUAUGAGUCUCCGAUAUUUCGGCACUGUUGCAAUACUAUUUUAUUGUCAUUUUAUAUCAGUUAUGCAAUGACAAUAAAAUAUAAUAAUUUUAUAUUCAUUAUAACACUAUCAGAAUCAGUGUCGCCAUGUGUCUUACGUGUUUUAUGAUUUCAGUUAGUAUUAAGAAAAAUUUAAAUAUAACGUAUUUUGUACUGACUUACAAUAAGCUGAUGCGGUGUGGUACAAUUAUAUUUUGCGAUAAAAAAAAAUGUUAUAACAAUUCUUUCAUUGUAACUGUACGCGUUAUCUAUUGAUUGUUUUAUAAAAUGAUCCGAAAUAAAUGUUGUAGUAUUCAACAUUAUUGUAUUUUUGUUAUUUAAGAGCACAAUACUAGAAAAUACAUAACAAUUACUGUUUUUGUCACACACAAGCCUUUUAGCCAUUAAGUAUAUUCAGGCUGAUAGAUUAUUUUUUUCUAGUAAAAUUUCUUUGGAAAGGAAUGUACGUGUAAAAAACAUAAAAUAUUUGAAACUUUAUUAUAUGGACGACUUAAUUCAAAUUGAAUCGGUGCUACAAUGUGAUAUUUUGUAAUUAGUUUAAUAAGGUUUAAUAAACAAAUACCGUCCAAC